CCUAUGGACAUUCCAAAAGAGCUGUGGAUGAUGGUGAAUCACCUGUACCGCAAUGCUUCCCAGCAGGAGGACCUGUUUCAGCAGCCAGGCCUCAGAUCAGAAUUCGAGCAAAUCCGAGACUGUUUGGACAAAGGAAUGCAUGAUACCCUCCUUGGCAGCAACCACUCGGUAGCAGAAGCCCUGCUGCUCUUUCUGGAAAGCCUGCCGGAGCCUGUCAUCUGCUACAGGUUGUACAGCAGCUGUUUGGAGUGUGCCAGCAACUACCUGCUGAGCAGCCAGAUCAUCUCUAACCUGCCAGGGUGCCAUAAAAAUGUAUUUGAAUAUCUAAUGGCGUUUCUACGAGAACUACUGAAAAAUUCAGGGAAAAACCAUUUGGAUGUGAAUAUUCUUGCUAGUAUAUUUGGUGGCUUGUUACUUCGACCUCCUCCUGGACAUCCUACGCCUGAUAUAACUGAAAAGAGGAAAGCUCAGCAAUUUAUCCAUCAGUUCCUCUUGAGAGAAGACAAUUUACCAUGAGUUUCAGAUGCAGCUAAUCUGAUUUUUAGAUAUCAAAUUACUGUAAAAAUACAUUUUUGUACAGUAUACUGGCUUUUUUUUUUUUAAUAUCACAGUAUUUUAUACAAUCUGUUGCUUUUGAAGGUGCAGAUCAGGCAGUUUGAAUCAGGUGUCACUGUUUAAGCUGUAAAGUAUAUCAAAGUUCUAAAUAAGCUCUAUGUAGACAAGCAAAAAUAUGAAAGCUGAUAUUUACACUGUAUUUUAUUUAACUUGUAUUAAAACUCAGAAUUUUUAAGUCCUCGUUAUUUAAAUAAAAAGAUCUCAGUGCAUUUUUCCA